CUGAAACACACAUCUGAGGGAAAAGAAAAAAAAAGAAAAAAAAGGACGGUGAGAAGAAGACUCAGGAAUAUGAAGUUCUGAACAUUGUAGAGAAAGAGCUAGGCAUAGCGUUGAGGUCUGACACGGACAAAAUCCCAGAGACGACGACCGACAUAGCCAUGCCUGCUCAGCUCUGACUCGCCGCCUCUCCUCUCUUAUUCAUCGUGGUCCACCCUCUGAAUCCAAUAGCUAAGCUAUCUCUUCCCCUCUAUCUCUCUCUCAUUUCCCAUGUGUUGAUAUUUGCUCUGAAUCAAAAGCACGGCCAAGUCCUCGACUACUGUUUGGUCUAUCUGGUGAAGUCUGAAUUAUGAAAUGGACUGGGAGGUUUUUCAUGAGCUGGGUUUUGACAGAUGGGAAUGACCCUUAUUAAACACAGCCAUAUCCGAACGCCAUAAUUAUUAACCUCGCUAUAAUUAUCCCUGGUUUUGUUAAAUUCUCUCCCACAGAUAAACAGAGACCGGCCUUUUUAUCUCUCUGCUUCCUGGGUUCCAUGCACAGCUCGAUCAAUUCCUUCUGUCAAAAAGUAAGGUCAAUCGGAUUCUGAUCUCUUACUCUCUUGACACCUUAUUGUUGACCGGGAUAGACUGCAAAGUAUCUCCAAUUGGAUUUUGCUUAAUCUCUGAGGGAGAUAUUAUACCCUUACUGAUCCUUUUCUGGUUUCUAUUUGGUUAUUAAUGCUGGCUUAAUGAGUACUGGAUCGUACGGCCCCUCGGUUUUCUUGUGGUGGUGUGGGGUAGGUGGAAGGAAAAGAGAAGAGCCUUCAUAUAAAGAGAAGAGUGGUCAUAUAUGAACAAGAUUAGAGUCUUGAACUCUUGAAAUAAGAUCAUAUCAUCGUAAUCGCCCUUGGUUUUGCAAUACUGGGUUUGGUUGUCUUUGUAGUACAGAUUCUCAAGGGCCAGUGAUAGACACGUUGAGCCUGUUGAGUAGAGCGUAAGCUAGAAACGCUCCCGUUCCCUCAUCCUUAUAACCUCCUGCAUGCUAAGGCAUCCAACCCACCAUCAUCACAUCUUCAAUUCGGUCUCUUGUUCUGUAGUCAAAUUUUAGAUAAGAGCUUGAGGAUUAAGCAAAUAUGCAGGGAGAGCGAGACCAGCAGCAGCAGAACAACCAAGAACGGAAGGUGAACCAGCAGCAGCAACAGGGACAACAGCAACCGCAGCAGCAGCAGCACCAUGAGCCUCAGAAGUGUCCAAGGUGCGAGUCCCUCAACACCAAGUUCUGCUACUACAACAACUACAGCCUGUCCCAGCCCCGCUACUUCUGCAAGGCGUGCAGGAGGUACUGGACACAGGGUGGGACCCUCCGGAACGUCCCCGUCGGUGGGGGUUGCCGGAAAGGCAAGCGUGCCAAGACCAUGUCCUCAUCAUCAUCAGCCACCUCCUCUCGCUCGGUGCUUCAGCCGCAGCCGCAGCCACAAGACCACCACCAGUUGCAGCAGAGGCCAUUGAUGAUGUCAACAGGGCCAGCUGCCCUGAACUCUCUGGCUGGCUCCCAGUACUAUCCUGGUGGUACUGGGUAUUUGACAUCUAUGCCCUUUGCUCAAAGCCUCAACCAUCUUGGGGGUUCUGGUCAAUUGGGAUCAGGUGGUGGUGCUUCAAAUUUGGGACUGCUUCAUGGCUUCAAUGCCAUCUCUUCCUAUGGCCAGCGUCAGAUGCAAAGCCAGCUUUUUAAGGGCAACAUGGAGCCUCCACCUCCGUACCCAUCUGAGGAUCAUCGAGGCCUGUUGCUUCAACCAGCCAGGCCAAGUGGUUCUAUGACUGAUUGGCCUGAGAGCUUCAUCAACAAAUCUCAUGCUUCUGUUUCUGCUUCUGCGGCUGCAGCCUCAGCUGGUCAAAGCGCUCUGUGGACCACCACCAUGGGGCACAACACCAGCACCACCAGCGGUGCAGGCCCUUCUCUGAACUCAGCUCAGUGGCCUGAUGAUAUUGCCGGAUCUUUUGCCGCCGGCCCUCCUCAGUGAAACUUUCCGGCAUGCAAUGGCUCCCUCAGAACUCCAGAGAGUACCGCAAAUCAACUAGUCGUCUGUUUUUUUGUUCACUUUAAUUAGUAUACAAGAGAUGAAACUCUGUUCAGUUUCAUCGGGUUUAUGUACUAAAUUGGUUUUACUAGGUGGUUAUAAUUAAGUAAAAGUAAGGGUCUUGUUUUCUUCAUGAAGCAUAGAGUCAUUUUUUUUUGUCAAAUAAGCAUAGAGUCAUAGACUAUACAGAAGUUGGUCAUGUGGGUAUAGUGAUGAUUGUAACCGAAAACAGAUUAUAGCGGUCAUAAUUAUCACAUAUGUUGUAAGCGAAAAACAAAGUAUCAGAUAUGUUAUUAGCCUUUUGUUUUAUAUA